CCUACGAGAACACUCUGUUCUCUUCGUCCAUCCUCUCUCUCAAAUUCUUUUCCAUUAAAAUUCUCUUUCAUCUUCCUUAAUCUCUGCAACAUUUCCGCCGGUUUCUGUCCGAUUUCUCACAAUUUCUGUCGUCCGACGGAACAAUUUUCUAUGGCUGACGAAGCCAAAGCCAAGGGCAAUGCGGCGUUCUCAGCCGGCGACUUUUCCGCCGCCGUCCGCCAUUUUUCCGAUGCCAUUCAACUUGCGCCUACCAAUCAUGUUCUCUAUUCCAAUCGAUCUGCGUCCUAUGCUUCUCUCCAUCGAUAUUCUGAGGCCUUGGUUGACGCUGAGAAGACCGUAGAGUUGAAGCCGGACUGGCCUAAGGGUUACGGCCGGCUCGGCGCUGCUCAUCUCGGUCUCGGAGAACAUGAGGCGGCUGUAACGGCUUAUAAGAAGGGGUUGGAGAUUGAUCCUAGCAAUGAAGCUUUAAAAUCUGGACUGACUGAUGCUCAGUCUGCGGCUUCCAGGUCGCGGCCGGUGCCUCCACCGAAUCCAUUCGGAAAUGUUUUCUCUGGACCUGAGAUGUGGGCUAAACUGACCGCUGAUCCGACUACUAGGGCUUUUCUGCAGCAGCCGGAUUUUUUGAAUAUAAUGCAGGAUAUUCAGAGAAACCCUAAUAGCAUCAAUAUGCAUUUGAAGGAUCAGAGAGUGAUGGCUGCGUUAGGGGUUUUGCUGAACUUGAAGUUGCAUAAUCCGGGGGAGGAGAAGGCUGAUGUUCCUGAGGCGUCCUCUUCGCCGGCGGAACGGAAAAGAUCUGCUGAGGCCGAGCCGAUGAAGGAGCCAGAGCCAGAGCCAGAGCCUAUGGAAGCUGUGGAGGAGGAGAAGGAGGCCAAGGAGAAGAAGCUGCAGGCACAGAAGGAGAAGGAGGCGGGCAAUGCGGCGUACAAGAAGAAGGAUUUCGAAAAGGCAAUUAAUCAUUACACUAAGGCAUUUGAGUUGGACGAUGAGGACAUCUCUUUCUUAACAAAUCGAGCUGCUGUCUAUUUGGAGAUGGGAAAGUACGAAGAUUGUAUCAAAGAUUGUGAUAAGGCUGUUGAGAGGGGUAGGGAGCUGAGGUCAGACUUUAAGAUGAUUGCAAGGGCUUUGACCAGGAAAGGAACAGCUUAUGUGAAACUGGCAAAAUGUUCAAAGGAUUAUGAUCUUGCUAUUGAAACUUUCCAGAAGGCUCUUACUGAGCAUAGAAAUCCUGACACCCUGAAGAAACUCAAUGAUGCUGAGAAAGCAAAGAAGGAUUUGGAGCAACAAGAGUAUUUUGAUCCUAAGAUAGCUGAUGAGGAACGGGAAAAAGGGAAUGAGUUUUUUAAGCAGCAACGAUAUCCCGAGGCCGUGAAACAUUACACAGAAUCCUUGAGAAGAAACCCCAAGGAUGCAAAGGCAUAUAGUAACCGUGCUGCUUGCUAUACUAAGUUGGGGGCAUUGCCUGAGGGUUUGAAGGAUGCAGAGAAGUGCAUUGAGCUUGAUCCUACAUUUGUAAAGGGAUAUACAAGGAAAGGUGCAGUUCAGUUUUUCAUGAAAGAAUAUGAAAAGGCUUUGGAAACCUACCAGGAGGGAUUAAAACAUGAUCCUAAAAACCAAGAAUUGCUGGAUGGUAUGAGAAGAUGUGUAGAACAGGUUAACAAGGCAAGCCGUGGGGACUUGACCCCUGAAGAAUUGAAGGAAAGACAGGCCAAAGCAAUGCACGACCCAGAAAUUCAAAAUAUACUCACCGAUCCUGUUAUGAGACAGGUAUUGACUGAUUUCCAGGAAAAUCCAAAGGCGGCUCAAGAACACACCAAGAAUCCAAUGGUGAUGAACAAGUUGCAGAAGCUGAUUAGCGCAGGAAUCGUUCAAAUGAGAUGAACAAAGCAAUCCAAAUACUACCACUGGUUAGAAAGAUUUCUUAAAAUCUUAAAAGUGCAGUUUGGGUGUGUAUCGUUUUGAUGAAUCAUUGACAAUAGAUACCCGUGUUUAAUUUGAAAUAAUUUUGUUGCUAAAUUUUUGCUUGUUAUUGGUUUUGAGAUCC